UGCAACUUUCAAAAUCAAAAGCUAGGGUUUAGCCCAUCACCCCAAAACAUGAAGCGUAAAUUUUCCGAACGCAUCCCCAAAGCUCCAUGGCAGAUCCAAUCUCCUUCACCGCGAGGUCAUCGGCUUCGUCGCAGCUCCGAUUCCCGGUUCCCCAUCACAACGCCCCCAACAACCACAGAUAUCAGCGGCAAGAAAGGAGUCAAAUUUACGAAUCUCGAUGACGAAAAUCGCAGACCCCCAAGAACUGAAUCUGAUAAUGCGAAGACUUCCGAGUAUGCAUUCUUCAAGAAAUUGAAGGAAGAUGCAAGCCACAAACAUCACUCUUGUUCUGAGAGCAAAGAGGCGUACCGAGGAAGCAAUUCAAAGCCGAGAGACAGUUCCAGAGAGAGGACUAACAUGGUUCGGAAUAAGAGCGACGACGUCAGGUCCUCAGUGUUCAACAAAGAUGUCACAGAAGAUAGCUUUGAGUCAUCUCACGCACUACCUGGCAGUGCAUCGAGAAACUCAGGAUCAAAUAGGACGAGAGCUCGAGCAACAUUGGAGGAUUUACACAGGAAAAAGAAAUAUAUGGUAGAGGAAACUGAAAACACCAUGAAACCUAUAGGAAAAGGGCUAGAUCUCUUUGAAGAGACAGAAACUCAAUGCAGGCAUGCAAACGUUUUUGAUAGGAAGAGACAGAAAUUACUUCAUUGGGUCAGAGAAACCUCCAUUCCCGAAAUUGAUGAUGGGUCCAGUUUGGUUUCUGUUCUCCUCAGUCGGCUGAUCCCCACGAGCAAUGGGAACAAUAAUGUUAAGAAUCCAAAGUUAAUGAAAGUGGUGCCCGUUGACGAGUCUAUGCCACUUCCAUCCUUUGAGUCAGAUAUUCAUUUCAAGGAACUUCAAUUGGCACCUACUAAAAGCUUUAUGGAUCUUGGUUGUGACCCUUAUUUCGGUGAUGCGACAUUAUCUUGUAGGGCAAAGAGAUCAAGAGAUAUGGUUUCCUGCUCCUAUUCUCCAACUAGUGAUGCUUACAAGAACCAUCUUGAUUACACAGUGUGGGAACCUGACUCUGAAUUACUAGGAGGAAGUGCAAUUUUAUGUCCGAAUAGUGAUUCAUAUUCUAUUCUCCCAUUCAAAGAAUAUGGAUUGGUGACAUCUGGCUAUGUCAAAGAGUCGGAUAUAUUCUAUCAGCCACCUGAAUAUAUGGUUGGAAGAGAGCCAUGCACUCCUAUACUGGAUUGGGAUUUUGACAGGACAGAUGAAGAAAGAAAAUUAUUUAACUUGUCAAGAUACAGAGCAGACUCUGAACUACUAGGAAGUAGUACAAUGUCAUGUCCGAUGAUUGAUUCAGAUUAUGUUCUUCCAUUCAGGGAAUAUGGAUUGAGGGAACCUAGCCAUGUUAAAGAGCUGGAUGUAUUCUGUCAGCCAAAUGAAUUUAUGGUUCGGGAAGAGCUAGGUGCUCCUAUGCUGGGUUGGGAUUUUGAUAGCACAGAUGAAGAAAGAAAAUUAUCUAACUUGUCAAGAUACAGAGCAGAGUCUAAACUACUAGGAAGUAGUCCAAUGUCAUGUCCUAGGAUUGAUUCAGAUUAUGUUCUUCCAUUCAGGGAAUAUGGAUUGAGGGAAACUAGCCAUGUUAAAGAGCUGGAUGUAUUCUGUCAGCCGAAUGAAUAUAUGGUGCGGAAAGAGCCAUGUGUUCCUAUGCUGGGUUGGGAUUUUGAUAGCACAGAUGAAGAAAGAAACUUGUCUAGCUUAUCAAGAUAUAGAGCUGACUCUGAAUUACUGGGAGGUACUGCAAUUUCAUGCUCUAUGAGUGAUGUAGAUUCUGUGCUUCCAUUUAAAGAAUAUGGGUUGAGGGCAUCUAACCAUGCCGAAGAGCUGGAUGUUUUCUAUAAGCCAAACAAAUAUUUGGUUGGAAGAGAAACUUGCGCUCUGAUGCUAGGUUGGGAUUUUGACACCGCGAAGGAAAGAAACUCAUCUAACCUAUCAGGACGUACAGCUGGACACACAUCUGCAUGCGUGGCCGGUUAUCACAGCCAUGAUGACGAAAGACAGUGUCUUGAAGGCAAGUAUGAACUACAAUCAGAUUUUCACCAAAUUGAUCUCCCCUUAACCCUAUCAUGCAUACCAACCCUUCUAAAUCGAGCCUGGGGUUGCAUUGAUGACAGAGUAUGGGAAGGUGGCACAACAUUCUUUUCUCUCCAAAAUGACCAUUGGUUUAGGCGGAAGAUUAUCAAUAAGGGGCAUCCUUAUCCUAAUGCAGAAUCUCUCCUUCAACUAGGUGGUUCCUCGGGGGAUCAUUAUUCAUCUACAUGUCAAGCUCUACAAUUUCCCAGAGAGGAAAUAUCUUCCCAGCUUCUUACUUUCGAUGAUAUGAACAUCAGAUGCCUGAAUGACUCACCUCAUAAAAGAACUCUUACUCAUUUCAUCAAAGAUAAUGUCAACGUCCACGACAGCUCAGCCCUUUGCCUCCAGAUAUCACUCGACAGACAGAAGGCUCAGCCCUUGGGGAUUGAUAUUGACAAGCCAAGCUGGGAUGGGAGUGAAAGGGAGAUAAGUUUUGAUGAUGGUGAUGUCAAUUAUAUUCAAUUGUAAAGUGUAAUGGCUACAUCGGAAACUUCAAAUUUUGGGGCAGAGAUUAGUUUUCAGGAUUGCAGCAUUAUGUUCAGGGACCAGUUGCUACAUCCAUAUGAAUCACAGUUCUGCCUUCUUUGACUUUCUGAUGAAUUGAUGAUCAUUAAGCAUCGUGGGUUAAAUGCUUUGUUUUAGUGCGGUAGACAUGUCCAGCCAUUAUUAUCUGAGCAGGUGCUUGCUAAUUGCUUUGUCUACUUUUAGCAGAAAGAAUGCAACUUGACAUUUUGCCCCAGUGUAUGUUGACGUCAACUUCUAGUCUCAACAGCAUUGAUCGCAUCUCUCAAGUGGCGCGGGAUGCAGGUGGAAGUCUAGUGUAGGGUUGUUCUACUUACAUGAACAAGUUCUAGCAUUUCCCAAUGUGAGCUGUAAAUAUGGUACAAAUAGUUUUGAAUACGUCGUUAAAACUCAAAGACUUAUAUAUAGCUUUGUAUAACCCUUUUAGUAUUGUUACUAUAGAAUGGUGUCCUUUAGUUAUAACGACAAAAAAAUGGAUUUGUACAUGUGGGGGGUUACGUAUCAAUUCAAACUAGACUGUUUUCAUGAUUUCUAUAGAAACAAGGGAUGUGUUGCUAGGAUCAUCCAAGAAAAUUAAAUGAGAGUUCUUCAUAUUGCUUCCUCUUACCUUUGCUGCAUCAGAUUGUCAAACUUGAAUUUAAGGAUGUUAGGUAUUCGGUAGAUUUUACAGAUUCUACUUCAACUUUCAAAGUAGUUGAGGCGAGGGCAACAUUUCAUGGAAAUGAAAACUCAUAAGAAUUGAAUGCCGUUGUGGAGGACCCCUGGAUUUGGCAAACAAGUCAUCGGUGCCUUACUUGUGAGGUUACAGGUGAAAAUGAUGUGUUCAGAUUAAAACCGUCUUGAUUGUGAAAAUUCAUAACAGCACGAGUGGCAAUUAGUAGUGGUUGCCAUAAAUUAAUUCUAGAACCAAGAGAAGUAUCUAUGGAGGCUCGGAGCCCCGAAACCCACUGCAUUUAGGAGGAAGAACUAUGUGGUCCCAUGUGACGAUGUCAUCUGUCCCCUGAUCUUCGCCGGAAUUGUAAUUCUGGCACGGAAGAGGUGGUGAUAUCACAUGCGCAGUUUUGGGUUAAAUUUUGAAUGUGUGUUUGGAAAAGCUCAUAUUUUCUAUGUUCA